ACUCGAUAGUACGUCUCGAUAGGUAUGCUGCGUUCGUUUUUCUCUCGGAACUCGGAAAUUCCGAGUUGAGUGACAUCACGUCCGACAAUCUCCCGUUCAACUCGUCAGAACACCGGCUGCCUCUUUCCGGGUCUCUUUUGAGCGAAGUACAGGAAGCCGCCAUCAGGUAGGAAACGGCCGAUGGAAAGAAAUGAUGGCGCUUUAUUUGCUAUUUGUACAAGUGUGAAUACAGGGUCCUCAGCAGCAUGGCUGAUCUUUGGCAGGACGCGAUGGACCAUGCUGUAGCCAUUGCAAGGAAGGCAGGAGCAGUGAUCAGGGAUCACCUCCAGGGCGAGAUGACGGUCAUGUGCAAGAGCUCCCCUGCGGACUUGGUCACCAUGACAGACCAGAAGGUGGAGGAGCUCAUCAUGGCAUCCAUAAUGGAGAAGUUUCCCACACAUAGUUUAAUUGGAGAGGAGUCUGUGUCUGCCGGUCAGCCCUGUAUCCUAACAGACAACCCCACCUGGAUUAUCGACCCUCUGGAUGGGACCACCAAUUUUAUACAUAGAUUCCCAUUUGUGGCUGUAUCCAUUGGGUUUGCAGUCAACAAAGAGCUCGAGUUUGGUGUGGUUUACAGCUGUAUUGAGGACAAAAUGUACACGGGCAAGAGAGGAAAGGGUGCCUUUUGCAAUGGGAAGCGGUUGCAGGUGUCAGGCCAGACAGAUAUCAAACAGUCGCUUAUUAUCACCGAACUGGGCUCCAGCAGAGAUCCAGAGGUGGUCCGCCACAUCUUCUCCAGCAUGCAGAAGAUCCUGUGCAUUCCUGUUCACGGGAUGCGCUGCGCCGGCUCAGCGGCCAUCAACAUGUGCCUGGUAGCCGGCGGCGCCGCGGAGGCCUACUACGAGAUCGGGAUCCACUGCUGGGACAUCUCCGCUGGCGCCGUCAUCGUGAGCGAGGCCGGGGGUGUCCUCAUGGACGUGGAAGGAGGGCCGCUGGACCUGAUGUCCAGGAGGGUGGUGGCAGCCAACAGCAGGAACGUUGCGGAGAGGAUUGUUAAGGAGAUCGAGGCGUUUCCAGCUGAGAGAGACGAUGCUUCUGAAGCCGGGUCAGCAUGAGCUCCUGCAGCGUCAUCACAGUGCCUGCUGGGCCAGGGAUGGUCCUUUUUUUGAAAUGUAUGGUCUAUCACCAAAGGCCAGCCUGAGGUUUAUUCCUUUGUAGUUUGGUCUUUUAUUUUGUGGAAGAACCUCUUUAUCAUCGGGCUUUGAGGUGCUGUUCGCGCUGCAUUUUAAUGUCAAACAAUCUAAUUAAAAUGAACAUUCUACUUUCUGUGGCA